AUGGCCGAUGCUCUCGCCUCCCAACUUCACAACACCCAGCUGAGUGAUGGACCCUCAGAACCAAGAUUGCAGGACUCUCUGCAACUUCCUCCUAAAGAUUCCCGGCCACAAACAGAGGAUGUUACUGCUACCAAAGGUCUCGAAUUCGAGGACUUUUACAUCAAGCGAGAGCUGAUGAUGGGCAUCUUCGAGGCCGGAUUUGAAAAGCCCUCUCCCAUUCAAGAAGAAACCAUUCCUGUUGCACUCACUGGCCGAGACAUUCUUGCCCGAGCAAAGAACGGUACCGGCAAAACGGCAGCUUUCGUUAUUCCCACCCUCGAGCGCAUCAACCCUAAGAGCACAAAAACUCAAGCCUUGAUCCUGGUCCCCACAAGAGAGCUGGCUCUGCAAACCUCCCAGGUCUGCAAGACAUUGGGCAAACAUCUUGGAAUCAAUGUUAUGGUCACUACUGGUGGAACGACCUUGAUGGACGACAUUAUUCGUUUAAAUGACGCCGUUCACAUCCUUGUUGGAACCCCUGGCAGAGUUCUGGAUUUGGCCAGCAAGGGUGUUGCAGACCUCUCCGAAUGCCCGACUUUUGUGAUGGAUGAAGCAGACAAGCUCCUUUCCCCUGAAUUCACCCCGGUUAUUGAACAACUCUUGUCAUUCCACCCUAAGGAUCGCCAGGUUAUGCUCUUCAGUGCCACCUUCCCGAUGAUUGUCAAGUCAUUCAAGGACAAGCAUAUGCGCAAUCCCUAUGAGAUCAACCUUAUGGACGAGCUCACCCUCCGCGGUAUUACUCAAUACUAUGCGUUUGUGGAGGAGAAGCAAAAGGUUCACUGUCUGAACACACUCUUUUCUAAGUUGCAGAUCAACCAGUCUAUCAUUUUCUGCAACUCGACCAACCGUGUUGAGCUUCUGGCGAAGAAAAUCACUGAAUUAGGAUACUCUUGCUUCUACUCGCAUGCGCGCAUGCUGCAGCAGCACCGUAACCGGGUCUUCCACGAUUUCCGCAACGGCGUGUGUCGUAACCUGGUCUGCUCCGAUUUGUUAACCCGUGGUAUUGAUAUCCAAGCUGUCAACGUGGUUAUCAACUUUGACUUCCCCAAGAAUGCGGAGACCUACCUUCAUCGUAUCGGUCGUUCCGGUCGUUUCGGACAUCUGGGUCUUGCUAUCAACCUGAUCAACUGGGAGGACCGAUUCAACCUCUACAAGAUCGAGCAGGAACUGGGCACUGAGAUUCAACCCAUUCCUCAGAACAUUGACAAGAAGCUCUAUGUCUAUGACUCUCCCGAGAACAUCCCUCGUCCCAUCUCCGGUCCUCCUCAGCCCCCUGUCAGUUACCCACAACAGCCCGGCAACGGAGAACGCCAGCCUCGUCGUCAGAACCAUCAUCACUCGAACGGUGGACAGUAUUACAACAACAACAACAACCGAGGUCGUGGUUCCUACCGUGGUAAUGGCCGUGGACAAGGUCCCCGUCGUGGCGCACCUGUUGAUGCCAACAACCGGACAACAUUUCCCCCUACUCAGGCUGGAGCCAAUCCACCUGCUCCCGUCUCUUAG